CACGUCCCCUCGCAGAAACAACCUAGAGGAGUUCAAUCUAAACGCGGCACAACAGCAAAUGUGGCUGGGCGUGGUCUUAUUUUAGCACCUCCGAGACCGAGAAGAGAGGAGAUUUUGCUGGGUCUGUGUCUGUUUCCAGCAUGCGGUCGGAAGAUGGCGCCAAAAGAGGCUGCUUUUCGGACGAUAAUGACCAGCAAACGCGCUUGCUCGCCCCCGAUCAGAUUCCCCCGUCGCCUUCGAUGCAACAUUGUAGCGACAAGCCGACAGAUAAGCUGCUCACGUUGCCGACGGUCCUGACGCUUGGCCGUGUCGCCGCCGUGCCCCUACUCAUUAGCACCUUCUAUGUCGAUAGUUGGUGGGGGACAACUGCUACGACGAGCACCUUUAUUGCUGCUGCAAUCACAGACUGGCUUGAUGGGUAUCUUGCUAGGAAGAUGAGAUUAGGCUCUGUAUUUGGUGCUUUUUUAGAUCCUGUAGCUGACAAGCUUAUGGUAGCUGCCACAUUAGUCUUGCUAUGUACCAGGCCUUUGGAGGUUAACGUGUUCGAGCAAGUACCAUGGCUAAUGACCGUCCCUUCAAUAGCUAUAAUUGGUAGAGAGAUAACGAUGUCUGCAGUUAGAGAAUGGGCUGCUUCUCAGAAUAGCAAGCUUUUAGAGGCUGUCGCUGUAAAUAAUUUAGGGAAGUGGAAAACUGCUAUGCAGAUGACCGCACUAACCAUUUUAUUGGCUACUAGAGACAGGAGUCUCGGAGGAUCCGAUACUUUAGUAGCUUCUGGAGUUGUCUUGCUUUAUAUCUCGGCAUGGCUCGCCAUAUGGUCUUUGAUUGUGUACAUGGGGAAGAUAUGGAAAGUAUUAUUCAGAUAAGUCUAUCUGCCCUUUAUAGUUGUGGUUUUCAGGCGUAAGAUAAUCUCUACACACAACUCGUUCAAGCGACAUCAACCCAGCAUACUUAUCUUGGAUAUAGAGCCAUACUUGAGUACUGUGCUCAAGGUAACAGAUACUUCUUGUCGAUAGUCCCUUGUUGCUGGAGUUACUGGAGGUGAAAGUUUUUGGCCUCUAGCAGUUCAUCUUUUUUUUUGGUCCGGACAUGAUAUUUAACUUAGCGAUAGACAACUCUAAGACACAUCUGGGAUGGAGAAUGACAUGCAGUUUGUCAAGUGGCAACACUUCCGUAAUUGAUGAACUUGCAAUUUGAGAAUCCUUUUAUUUUAUUCUUGAUAUUUGGAUCCAAUGUGGCCUCCAACAAUAUUGUUCAUUUAUCAAGAAGCCAUCUGUUGUAAGU